AUGGCUUUCCAGCAGCAGGGUGGGCUUGGGAAUGGUGGUCCAGGGCCGGGCCCCGGGGAGCAUCAUGGGCCGCAGGGCACCGAAUAUACGCUGCAAGGUGUAAUGCGGUUCCUGCAGAUCGAAUGGCACAACCACGAGCGAGCGCGCAAUGCUUGGGAUAUCGAGCGGGCGGAGAUGAAGGCUAAGAUUGCGAAGCAGGAGGGGGAGUGUCGACAUGCGAAGAGGAUUAAUGAGCAGUUGGAGAGGCAGGUGCGGAUGCUGGAGAAUGCUUUGCGGCAGGCGAGGAAACAGGGCCCUAAUGGAACUGCUGCUACGUCUGAAGCGAAGGAGCCGGAGGCUGAGACGGGCGAUGGGAAGAGCAGGUUGCAGAAGUUGAGUGAGGAGAAGGAGAAUGAUGCUCAUGUGAAGCCUUCGUACCUCCCGCACAAUUCUUUCCUGGACACGGCCGAGCUUCAGGACACCAGCGAAAAGGAGCGGGAACAGUACUUGGACAACACGACGAAAUACUUGAAGAGCUGCAUGAAGGAGAUACAGUACUUGCUUACACCGCCGCAACACCCACCCCCGCCGCAGAUACUACCGAAUGGCCAUAUAACCGGAUUACCUGAGCCUCCUUUGCCCAUGGAAGAGAUGUAUCCUCGACAGCCUCAGAGAAAUGCUCGCCAGCAUGGUCAAGUCCUACCGCAACAACAAGCUAUGCCCAAUCAUCAACCCCCACCUGUGCCGAAUAGUCUUCCACAGACGUCUGUGCAAUACGAUGAUGGUCAGCGUGGAGUACGUUAUGUCGAUUAUGCCAACUCUAAUCAGCCGCCUACCGAAAUGGUUGCGCCUCCAACUCAGCACAUCCCAGCACCUUACGACGACCAGGUAGAGAGUGUGACGCACACUUUCGACAACCGAGGAAGGCCAGUGAAUGAAUCGGAAACGCAACAACGACAAGCUCGACAACAAGCUGACACGGAUGGUUGGACUUUCGACGAGGAGGUACCUCCACAACCACAACCUGACACUCCGUUGCCCGCUACUCCUCUACCAGAGGUACCACCUACGCGAAGGCCUGAUACCGAUUUGUUUCCUGCAGCUGCCAAUAGCUCACAACUUCCAGCCAAGUCACCCCCAAGAGGCGGGCCUCAAUCACACCGACGGAAAAGCUCUGGAUCACAAGCAAUGUCGAGGCGGCGGAGCUCGCAAGGCAAAAAUGAAACCCAUGAUGGCACGAGCACGACGCUUAGUGAUGAUCCUUCGCAGUUCAAAGUCAAGUUUGCUCUGCGUGGACACCUGGAUGUGGUGCGAAGUGUCAUUUUCAGCGGAGGUGGCAGUCCCAGCGAGCCUGAGGUUUGUACGGCUGGCGAUGACGGGACGAUCAAACGCUGGAUUGUGCCGGCGACAUAUCAAAACUACAAUCCUGGAAACAGUAACUCCUCAGAUCUUGACAUUACAGCAUACUUCACGCACCGAGGCCAUGAUGGAGUCGUGACUUCUCUGGCGGCACCCCCUCCAAGCACUGGAUUCAGCACAGGCGGGAGGGCUAACGGUGACGGCUGGAUCUUUUCUGGUGGUCAGGACGCAACAAUUCGUAUUUGGGAAAGAGGUCGAGUGGAUCCAAAGGCCACUCUGGAGGGACAUACCGACGCGGUCUGGACUGUCUGUGUGCUACCUGCUUCAGUCGGCGUUGUGUUUGGUCCUCAAAGCAGCAACUUUGGCGGUCCUGACCGACUACUGCUCGUUUCUGGAUCUGCAGAUGGGACGGUCAAGGUCUGGGCUGUGAGUGCGCCUCCUCAAACAUCAUCGCCCUCCACUGGCAGCAGGCGUGGUGUCGGUGGUAGCAGACGGCACAGCGUUACCAGCGGCAGCAACUUUCCCUCAAGUCCACAGCCUAGCGUGGCGAGCACGACACCCUUCAGCUACACGCUAAUCCACUCAAUCGAGCGAUCUGGCGACGGCAAGUCAAGUCCAACGAGCAUUUGUCCGCUAUCACCUUCUGGAGACACUUUCGUGGUCGCGUACGCCGAUUCCUCCACGCUAGUAUUCGACACCAGAACCGGAGAAGAGAUCAUCGGCAUGGCGAGCAACGAGACUUAUGAUGGUACGAUGAACACGAGCAUUAACACAGUUGUCGCCGCGAGCCACGGACUGGAGGCCGCACAAGGCGGAGACCCCUCAAGAGCGAUGGAACCCGAAGACGUCGGCGGCGGCGCAACCGGCAGCCGAGAAGGUGUCGAAGGCGUGGUGAUAACUGGCCACGAAGACCGCUUCGUCCGGUUCUUCGACGCCAACAGCGGCCAGUGCACCUACACCAUGCUCGCGCACCCCUCGGCCAUCUCCGCCCUCUCCCUCUCCAAAGACGGCCGCGAAGCCGUCUCCGCCGGCCACGACGCCAGCAUCCGCUUCUGGUCGCUCGAGAAGCGCAUCUGCACGCAGGAUAUCACCUCGCACCGGCCCAUGCGCGGCGAGGGUGUUUGCGAUGUUUGCUGGAGUCAGGAUGGGAGGUUGGUCGUUAGUGCUGGGGGUGAUGGGGUUGUGAAGGUUUUUGCGAGGUGA